AAUAAAGUUGAUCACUUGGACAAAGCUGUUGUGUUUGGUUUUUUUCUACUAUUCUCACUGGACUGUUUGCUUAUUAAUAGUAGUAUGUAUGCAAAUCAUAGUAUUUUCAUUUUGUACUAACAUAAUCAGAGGUGAUUUUUAUGCGGUUAUUACUCCUCUCUCUCAGUUUUAAAGAAAAACAAGUGUCUAGUAUAGUGAAAUGAACGAAUAUAAGUAUAUAAAUAAAUAAUAAAUUUGUAAUAUUCCAAUGAGUAGAAAAAUUAGAUUUUCUGACGUUUCGUGACUGAGUGUAAGCCACUUCUUCAGAGAAUAAAUAACCGAAUUAAAAUUAAUCCAAGUCUAAAUACGACAACGGAACAAUAAGAAUAAUAUUUGAUCAGUCAAAGACAGGUCUGAACAAGUUAAUGUCAUGUCAUUUCUGUCAAGGUGUUUCAUAAAUAAUAUGUAUGUAAAUUUGUGUGUACUGUUUAAGGAUGAAAAAUUGUGUGACAUUUAUGUUGAGAAAAAAUCAGCGUUAAAAUCUAAUUCGAAUGAUCUAAGAAGAAUGGUUCAUAAUCUCUCGGACAGAAGCUUAACCAGUCGUGAAGUCACUACUAGAGAAAGGAAUAAAUUUCAAUUUACAUUGAAAACCACUUAGUACUCUUGAAAUUGUUCCAAUUAUAGAACCAAUAAUCGCACAACUACCGGAAAAAGAGUCGCAUUUAUUACAUCAAACAUUUCAAAAGAAGAAUUGAAGGCUCUGUAUUCGCUUCAAAAAGACAAAACGAUUUUCAUCACAAAAGGCAACAUAAUAGUAGUCAUAAAUAAAACAGAUUAUAUUCAUAAAGCUAUUGAACAUCUCUCAACAGGACCAUAUGAAAAGAUCAAUCCGAAAAAAUUCUCUAACGAUUAAAAAUAAAGUCAAAUCAGAAACAAGUCAACUUUUGAAAGAGCUAAAACCAGUCAUUUGUGUCUCGCUUUGGUUUGCUCUGCAUCCCAAAUCAUGUAAUGUUUCACGGUUUUAUGGUUUACCGAAAAUUCAUAAACCAGAUAUCCCUCUAAGACCGAUAUUAAACUUUACCAACACACCUACAUAUGAGUUAUCGAAAUAUCUAAGCAAAAUAUUAAAACUACUACAGCUUAACUUACAUAAUAUGAUUUAAGAUACAUAUGACUUUAAAUCAAAAUUAUCGGAAUUAAUUAUCGAGAAGAAUGAGAUCAUGGUAAGCUUUGAUGCACCAGUAUUCCCAUUGAUAAAUGCUUAGAAUUCAUUAGUGGUUUACUAGAGAACGACAAUACUCUUUCUGACAGAUGUCCUUUGAGCAUCAGUCUAAUCAUGAGAUCCUUAAAACUCUGCUUCAAUUCGACUCUAUUCACUUUUAACGGGAUGUUAUACAAACUAACGGUGUAGCAAUGGGAUCCCCCGUGUCCCCUAUCGUAGCCAACCUUUUCAUGGCACAAAUAGAAUCAAAUAUCUUCGCCCACGACAUUAUACCACGAAUUUGGCUUAGAUAUGUAGAUGAUACAUUUGUUGCGAUAAAAAAGACUCAUCUAAGAUCUUUUUCAGAACGGAUAAAUACACUUUCAUCUCACAUCAAAUUCACGAGUGAGGAUGAAAAUGGUGAGCUACCAUUCUUAGAUUGCUUAGUGUAAAGAAACCUAAAUGGAAUUCUAAAUCUAUCCAUCUACCGUAAGCCUACACAGUCUAAUCGCUAUAUUGACUUCUAUUCAGUACAUCCUUUCAGUUCUAAGAUCUCGCUCUUUCUAGAAGAGCUAACAAGAUCACCACAUCAGAAGACAAACAAAAAGAAUGUAAUUAGUAUCUUACAAUUUAAUAAUUUUCCUAUGAAGAUUAUCAGAAGUAUGUUAAAACAAGACGGUUUAGUGCUUUAUAAUAAUAAUUCGAAUGAAAUACCAUUGAUUGGCACUGCAGUUCUACCAUACCGUCAUGGCACAACAGAAGAACUCCAAAGAAUCUUAAAACAACACAGAAUUAAAGUAUAUUACAAAACAACGAACACACUUCGAAAUACUUUAAUUCGCUUAAAAUAAAAAAUCCCUUUCAUGUCCACACAGAACUGCGCCUACAAAUUAGGUUGUAUCGAUUGUGAUGCCUUCUAUAUUGGAGAGUCAUCUCUAGAAAUCUUGACUAGAGCCAAAGAACAUAUUAGGUACACAAAGAAACCUAACAAUCCCGUAGAAUUGGAUAAACUUCAAAUUAAAAAUCGGCACUAGCAGUUCAUGCGAUUUUCAACGACCACCAAAGUGAUUUCAAAAAUAUCAAAAUAUUGCAAAAACGCUUCUCCAAUUACAAAUAAAGGAGAGUAGCUGAAGCGUUCCUUAUAAUAUUUAAUCCUACUUCUCUCAAUAGAAAAGAAGGCCUUAUCAUACAUCCUACUUGGACUAUCUAUCCUAGCCAUUCACUCUGAUCUUAUUUACAAUUCACACUAUCAUCUCACAAAUUAAACUCGAUCCUUUCUCACUAUAAAUGUCACACAAUUUUUCAUCUUUAAACAUUACACACAUAAGAACACACAAAUUUACAUACACUUAUAAAUCACCUUGACCGAAAUGACAUGACAUUAACUUGUUCAGACCUGUAAUUCAGAUGCUGUAUUUCAUUUACCAGAAAUAGACGCGUUUUUGUGUAAUCUCAACCGUUAUGUAAGCAGUGAAGUGCCCAACAUAUUUGUUUUGUUGUUUUACUGAAUUUCCGUGAUUUAAUUUUUGCUAACUAUAAAAUCCUCUAUUUGGUGAUUUCUAUACACUGAAAUGGAAACGAUACUCAUAAGUUUAUCAUGACCACAGUAUGUAAAAAAUAAUGAUAAGCAAAUUUGUAAAACCCUUCAUAAUCUUUUGGGAUAAUGAGUUCGCCUGUUGAUUAACUCAUCUGUUCAUCUUUGUGAAGAUCGCAAAUUCAAACGUUACUUCACCACUUUCACUAGGAUUAACCGUAAAGCAUCAUUAAAAAGUAUAGCACAAAAGCGUCUGACUUAUGAAGCGCGAAUUACGUAACCAUAUAUAUUAGGUAAACAAUACAAAGUGAUAGUAAGUAGUCCACCGGUUUUCUCGCUAUCAAUUUGUACUUUUUACUUAUUAUGUGUGGUUACAUAAUCUAUUUCAUCGGGAUCACUGACUCAUAAGCUACCUAGAUUUAUUUAAUAUUUUCACAUACAUAUAUAAAUAUUCAUUUAUAUUACAGCAAUGCCUUAUAAUGAUCUUACUGAAAAUAACAUUAUUCGCCUAUUUUUGUUGUUCCAAUGUUCAUCUUAACCAUACACCAUAUUGUAAACUUUUGAAAUUUACCAUUUAAAUAGUACUAUUUUCAUCUCUCCUAAGUCAUGUGGUAUAUCCAUCCGUUUGUGUGUAUAUGUUGUGUGGCAAAAGAAUUCAUUUACGGUUGAUACCAAGGGAUACCUGAUAGUAUCUACAUUAACCGUACAGUGAAGAAGCAGAUUGUCUUAUUUCCCAACAGCUAAAUCAAUCGUAAGUCAGUCAUUGGUAAUGUGAGAUGAGUGUCACAUGGAAUAAAGAUAGAGGCAAAUGGAUCUUCCGUUCUAUCCCUUGUAUGUGUACGCCGAUAAAAGAGAGGGAGUCAUGAAUAAUAAUGUGGCAGUUGUCCAAUACUUUUCGGCUUUUCUUGCAAUUCCAACUCGUCAGUUUGUAGUGGAAAUAACUUCCACACUGUAUUUUUUCUUUAAUCACAGUUCAAUUGUAACUAUUAUUACUGUUAUUCAUUUGAAGAUCGAGUUUCUUUAUUUUUCUUGUGAACAUUUAGAAAUUCUCUUCUCUAUGCUAGAAAAUCUAAAUCCAGUGUUACAUGUACCUGUAAAGCCUCGGCUAAAUAGACUAGGCUUAAAUAUUAAUAACUUUGAAUGGGAUGGUCAACGUCAACUUAUUGAUAAAGCAGAAAUAUUUGAUCAUAUUCGUGAUAUUCGAGAUCCUGAACAUCCUCAUAGUCUUGAAGUGUUAAGUGUAUUAACUGAUGAUUGGAUUAAUGUGAAUGAUGCCGAAAGUUGGGUUUGUGUUGAAUAUUCACCAACAAUUCCUGGUUGCAGUAUGGCUACAUUAAUUGGAUUGGCUAUUAAAGUGAAAUUAAUUCGUUCACUUCCUCGACGAUUUAAAAUUGAAGUCAAGGUGAAACCUGGCACACAUGAUUCUGAAGAUGAAAUUAAUAAGCAACUUGCUGAUAAAGAACGUGUGGCAGCUGCUUUGGAAAAUCCCGCCCUGCUUAAACUAUCACACUUCCGAAUUUCGCACUACACGGGUGGUUGGAUCAUAUGUUGUUUUGAAGCUUCUUUAUUCAUGGUUCUCAAUGAGCGUACGUCACAUAUUGUUGUUGACACAGCACCUUUUGUAAAACGUACACGUCUUGAGACUUUCGGUGCAAGUAUUUACACUAUACCACAAGUUUUAGCUGAAAUAAAAGAUGUUCAAACACGUGAAUAUAUGAAUUGUUUACCAUAUGCCCUGAAUUGUCAAGUACCAGAAACUAAUUCUAUUAACAUAAUUAAAGGUAUUGCAAAACAAACUGGGGAUCUGUCAGUUCUUUCUGCAACAGAUAUUAACGUGAUCGCUUUAACUUAUGAACUGCAUAAAAGAUAUAUCGGCGAACCAAAAAUUAAGGAUGUGAAACCUUUGCCCAGUAACCUUGGGUCUUUAGCUCGUUCUCAAUUGCCAAAAUCGAACACAAAAAGCAAUCCAUCCGUUGAUGUAUGUGAUGGGGCAGAAACAUCUGGAUCUGAAAACAGUGAUACAGAAACAUCUGAACCGGAUGAUGAUGAUUGGAUAACAGAAAAUAACUUUGAUGAGAAGGCCAUGACUAAUUUUGGGCUUGGAGGAAAAAUUGCAGAUAUACUGGAACCAAUCAAUGAAGUUGAAACAAACGUUGUAGCUUGCUUGACAACUGAUUUUGCUAUGCAAAAUGUUCUUUUCCACGCAGGUCUCGACAUAGUAAGCAUAAAUGGUUUGCGUAUUCGUCAACCAAGAACACACUUACUUUGGUGUUGUGCUUGCUUUAAGCCUACUAAACGUACGGACACAUACUUUUGCCCAUGGUGUGGACAUGCUAGUCUACGUCGAAUCCCAGUUACUUUACACGAAGAUGGCCAGUUAGAAUUUCACUUUGCGAAAAGAUUUGUGCACAGACGGCGCGGUUUAAAACAACCAGUAAGAAUCCCAAAGGGUGGAAAGUAUGCUGACGAACCAAUUUAUUGUGCAGACCAACGUAUUCCUGACCGAAGACCAGCCCGUCCUAAAAAUCCAAAAGUGCUUCCAUUAGCUACUAACGGCUUAUUGGGAUUUGAAGAUGAAGAACUAUCCAAUGUUUUGGAAUUCCAAUGUAAUUUAAGCAAUGCAUCAUCAGUGGUGUUCCCAUUAAAUGACGUUACUAGUCGAUCUGCACUCUGUGGUAUUCGAUCUGAUCACCAAAUACCAAGCAGAAGCUAUUUACAAGGUGUACAUGCUGAACAUGGCCUUAAACCAACAAGAGGCAAGGCUCAUAUAGUUAGACCAAGAACAGGAAAUAAGAAGAAACAUAAAUCUUAA